AGCUUUAAUAAAAAUGCUGAACACAAAACUUCUGGUAAAAUUGUAAAAGUUGGCAAUAUGGAGAUUGAGAAGUAGAACAUGUUUGCUUUGCAUUUUGAUUAUCAACCUGCCUUUCAUUCAUACUUUGCAGACAUAGCUGAUUCUGAUCUGGCCUAAUUAGAGUUCCAGAUCUCAGUAGUGAUGGGAAAAAACUUGGUACAGGGAUUAGCUCUUAGAACAGGCUCAGAGCCCCUCUCUGCUUUUAUGCCACCUCUAGCUGGCUCAUAUCAGCCAGCACAUUUCAGAAGGGAAACGGUAAUUAGGCAAGCUAAAGAUAGCCAUGGAGUAGCACCUUAUCAGUGCUACAAAUAUUUUCAACAGCUAAAAUAACCCCAAGCAAACAAACCACAACCUCCCCUAAGAUUACAUGAAGUUUUACCUCCUUUGCAGAUGAAAUGCACAAACAGGCCAGGCCUUGUCUGAGGACAUCCCAAGCUUUUGCCAGCAGUUUACAGACAGAGACUCCAUCUAUUCAACAAGCAAUUUCAGAUUGAACAGUCUCAGAAAACAGGGAUGCUACUUGAAGUUCUGGAAAAAACUAAUGCUUCCUGGGGGAUCAUGAGCAGGGCAACUCAUCAUUGGGCCGCCUGGUUUGUGAACACCAAGUGACUGAAGCUCAACUCCAGCCCUCCCUGACAGGCUGCUGUCUGAGGCACCUGGAGUCACUCCGAGGUGAAGCUUCCUAAAGGAUCGCCCCUUCUUCUCUCUGGGAACCAGUAACAGGAGGGAAUGGCCUGGAGCUGUGCCAGAGGUUGGGUAUUAGGAAAAGGUUCUUCACCCAGAAGACGGAGAGACAGUGGAACAGGCUCUCCUGGGAAGCGGUCACAGCACCAAGAAGCGUUUGGACAACGCUCUCAAGCACGUGGUGUGAUUCUUGAUGCUGACCUGCUCCGGGCCAGGAGCUGGACUCUUUUCACGUUUGUGUGUCCCUUCCAUCACAGACUAUUUUGUGAUUCUGUGAUUCUUCCAGCCGGCCUGAGGAGGAGCCUGCGCGCCCGCUCCACGGGGAAAACGAGAGCCCUCGAGUCCGGCGGGCCCCGGCAGGGAGGCGGCCUGCCGCGGAGGCUCGGAGGCGCUGUACGGCCGUGAGGAAGCGGAAGGGCCGGCGGCGCCGGGCGCGGGCCGGGAGCCGCCGGAACCCCCGGGGGCCGUGCCCCCCCUCAGGGGGCGGGCUGAGGGCGGCCGAGCCGGAGCGGCGGCGGGCAGGGCCGGGGCUAUGCUGCUGCGCCUGGCGCCCGAGUUCCAGCUGCGGAGGGACGUGCUGCCCUGGCUGGCGGAGCGGGGCUGCGCCGCGGCUCUAGACACUUCUGAGAAUUCAUCAGCACUCUAUGUUGUAAAUGUUGAAAGAAAUGGAAAAGUUAUUUAUACCUGGAAGGGAAAUCAGAGAAACACUCACAUUGGAUUGUAUGAUCUUCAAACAAAACAAAACGAGCACCUCUAUAUGUUUGAGAAGAAUCUGCACAUAAUCAGCUGUUCUAUCAACAAUGAAAGGACCUUAUUGGCAGUCAGCUUCUGUCAAUAUACAGAGGAAGAAAGAGCAAGUCAGCUCUUACAGUCAGUGUCCAAGUAUUUAACCUUGCUAAUUGAAAUUCAUCCCAUUAAUAAUGUGAGAGUCCUAAAGGCUGUGGACAGCUGUGUUCGAGUACAGUUUCUUUAUCCAGUUGAAGGCAGAAAUGCUUCUAGAGAAAGUCGUCUCUUGCUAGUUUCAGAAGAUAAAUAUAUUGAACAAUAUGACAUUCAUGUUGUUGCAGAAGAACACAAAGUGGUGAUUCAAAAGUCAGGUCAGCUUCCAAGAGCCAAAGUUGUAGAUGACCUCGUUUGGGCACAGUGGGAUAUGAUGGAGCAGAGACUCUUCUACAUUGUUCCAAAGGAAUCAAAGAGUACUUUAAGGUGUGUCCAGUUUUAUCCUGAGGAAAAUUUUAACUCAAUAGAAUCACACCUGGAUAUUGCUGUAAAUGACACACAAUUAAAACUUGUGAAUUUUGGAUAUGAUUACUGUCAAGAUCAAGAUGUUGCAUCUAAAUCUUUGAACCUUCAGGUUUUCACAAGUAAAGCAGGAGGCUUGUGUGUGUGUUGUAGUCUAGCCUCUGAUAUUCCUCAUGAGAUCAUAUACUCCAUAUAUUUUUUACAUAAAGGUUACAACAAAACUUUUACAGUUUCUCUGGAAAGAACAAAAUCUAAUCAAUUCAAGGAAGUGGCUUUUAUGAAUCUUGACUAUUAUGUGGCUGCUUAUUUGCCUGGCCAGUUCCUGCACCUCCUGAACAUUCAACAUCCUGACAUGCUGUGCUAUAGUUUAUUUCUGACAGGUGAGGAUGCAAGAAUUGACACAUUACAAAACUGUUCCAUCCGGUCCCCAUGGGUGUCAGCAGUCCUGGACUGCAAUGCAGGAAGUCUGUAUGAUGUGAGCAUCAGUGACAGUGCCUUGCUGCAGUUCCUACAGAAGAGCAAACGAGACUGUGAGAGAUUGGCAGCUCUGCAUUGUGCCCUGCUCUACUUCCAACACACAGAAGACUUGGAAAUGCAGAUUAUUCAUUGGAUUUCUGAGAACCUGUCAACAUGUCAUUCUUUUAACCCCAUUCAAGAAUUUAUCAUUGCCUCCCUGUACUGCAGAAUGUGUCCAGAAACUCAGAACCUGGAUAAACUCCUGCCCUACACAUCACUGCAUGACUGGAUUGGGGUUGUCCCUGGAGUAAUAUGUGCCACAGACAUUAUUUCUCUACCUGUGUUGGAGUUCCAAAACUCCAAAGGCUUCUGGGAGAAACUCAGCUCAAACUUGGAGAGUGUGAAGUACGCGGAGCCACACUUGCACUACCAGAGUAAGGUGCUGAGGAGGGAAUGGCGUAACCUUUCAGAAGAGAGAGAGGAGAGAAGAACCACAGCAUAUUUGAGGAAUAUUUUUGAAAAUGCCAAAAAGGUGCUUUCUCAUCUGGACACUUGGGACUCUGAGGCAAGGCUGGUACCUCUCUUUGAAGAGGAGGAUUAUCAGCAGCAGUUGCUCAUGGGACUGAUGGUUGCUCAGCUGAAGGAUCACCUUAUGAGACAUCUACAAUAUGUUGGAAAAAAGAAGAUUGACCAAAUAGUUUUGGAUUAUGUUGCAAACCUGCUGAAUCUGGUGCACCGAAUAAUGAAAGAAGUUUGGAGGAGAUACCAGCUUCAUUCCUGUAUCUUCUGCUUUGAUGAGAGAGGAAGUGCAGGAGAGUUCGCGGUGUUCCACAUCAUGAGUCGGAUUCUGGAAGCAGCAAAUGGCAUGUGCAUGCCUUUACCUCCUGGUUUUCACACUCUGCACCUGGGUCUUGGUGUUCGAUGUCUCCCUCUGCACACUCUCCUGCACUAUAUUGACAGUGGCAUCUUGCAACUGACAGAAACGUGUGUCAGGAAAUUGCUGAAAGAUCUGGAUGACACUGAACAGAAUGAAAAGCUGAAGUUUAGUAUUGUCAUGAGGCUUCCAGAGGCUCUUGGUCAAAAGGUCCACCAGUACUGGAAUCAUCCCAUAAAUGCAAAUUUAAUAGCAAGGAAAUACGUGAAACUUUUGCUCGAGAAGCUGGGAAACAGGCAGGGCAGCAGGCCUAUUCCUGAGAGACUCUCUGUCCCCGUGGAGUUUUUGCCACUGAACUACCUGACUGAUAUGCUGGCAGAGAUAGAGAAUCAAGGUGUGCAUCCAUAUGAAAAACAAGACCAUGUAAAUGCAAGAUUUGUAGAGGAAACAGCACUCAAGCACACUAUGACACUUCUGGGUCUCAAAUACUCCUGAAAGAACAUGCUGUUGAAGAAUAACACACUGUCAAACUGUGGUGCCUCUGUAAAAGUAUUUAUUUAAAUGCAAUGUUGUUUCCCAAAUAACCUGCAGUUUUGGGUAGUCACCAGUACUGACAUGAGCUACUAAAACAGUGUUUGGUCCAACAAACUGAGGGUGAAAUAAUUGACUUCUAGAUAAAUCCUAGAGAAAUGCAUUUGAGAUAACCCUAGGUUUGAAAUAUAUCUGUGGGUUCAUUUUGAAGUGGUCAAGGAAGUGGAACAACAGUGUUAAAACAUGCUGUGAAAAUUGGUAUAAAUGUCACUUCUUUUAACAAGACAAUGCUGGAAAAGGCAGCCCAGUUGCAGGGUUACAAGAACUAGUAACUGUUUACUUGAAUUAAUAAAAGGAUUUCUUGGUGUGAUUAUGUAAAGCAGGUAAGAAUAACAGAUGACUUUUUAUGUCAUGCAUGAGUAAAGAGACAGUCAUUCCUUGUGGUGGUAUCAGUUAUCUUAUGGUACUUCUGCUUCUGGAGCUGCAUUUUAAUAUUUUCAGUUUUGUAAUUAGCACAAAAUAUAAUCUCCUUAAAGUGCAUGUGACAGAUUUUGUUGGGGAUUUGUUUGUUUGAGUUUUUUUUGUUGUUUUUUGAAGAUAUGUAUAAUAUAUUGUAAGUAAUAUAGGAUAAGAAAAAAGCUUUAGAAAUUGAUCUUAACAGUGGCAUGGACAGAGUUUUACAUAAUCCUUUCUUACAACUUCUAGUGUUACAGUUCAAACUUCAGCUUCAGAAAUAAAUUAGGCAGGCUGUUUCUCCUUUGUUUUCACCUUCUGUUUGUAUGUAACUGAACCAAUAUUGUUUGCUCUUUUAAGUUCUGAACUGUAACAUUAAUUUCAAAUAGUAAUAGCAAUUUGCUACACAGAGAAAAUUGCCAAGUUGUGCCAUGCGGGAUUUCUGCAGCCUUUAUUGGAUUUUUAAAAACUCAACAAAAUUCCAGACUAUUAAACUAGAGAAACUCAUUAAUAAUUGAUAUAUUUGGGAGGUUUUUGAAACAACCUCUGAUACUCUCUCUGAGUGGGCUCCAUUGAUGCUCCCUGUUCCUUACCAGUGCAAUAAAAAGAUCCAGUUCCUGGGAGUGACUUGGCAAGUUCAUGGUCACUCCUUUGUCAUUGCCAGCAGUGAAGCUUUAGCUUUCUUAGUGACUGCAUAGUGAGAAGAAAUAUUUUUCUUAAUAUAAUUAGAAUUUCUCUGGCAAGUGUAACUUCCAGUCCCAGACUGCAGAAAGCCAUGCUGGUGUGUGGCUAUAAGUGAUGGCCACUUUGUAUUAUAUAAUAAUAGGAGAAGAUUUUCUAGCCUUUUCUUUUUAAUGAAUGUAUUUUAACAUACCUUCAGAUACAAUAAAACUUCACCUGGAAAAAAAA